AUGGAUGUGAAUUCGGGAUGUGGCAUCACAUAUACCGAGAAUUAUGUCUGGCUUCAGCGAGGCACCGAUCUGCUCGGACAUGGCGCAUUCGGUCGCGUUCACAAGGGAAGAAAUUUAAAGACAGGCGAAUUUGUUGCGGUAAAAACGUGUAACUCAUCGGGCGGUGGUCAGCUUACACGGGAAAUCGAACUGCUACGACAAAUGGAUUCACCGUUUAUCGUUCGAUUUAUUGCCACCGAAUUGGUUCGUUAUAAAGCAUUGGUAGUGCUAAAUGUUCCUGCAGUUCUUGCUAGUUGUGAGCCCUAG